UAAGCGUUUUAUCUUUUUUUAAAUUAAAGUAUGAAAGUUGUUUUGUUUAGGAAUUUGCUGUACACUUCGAGACGUAAUUAGUGGAAAAUAGCACAUUGUGUUAGUAGAUCAUUGCUUCUGCUACCAGCUGUAUACGAGAGAUUCGUUUAUCGGUACGAUCCUGACUCAUUAAAAAUUGUAAUUUAUUUUUAUGCUGCGAGUAGAAGAUAAAUAAAAGUUGAAACACUGUGUUACACCACAACAUAUCGUGUUAGCGUUCAGAGACGAAAGACUAGUAUUUGUUUUUUUUUUAAAAAUGGGAAUUUUUGAUAGUAAUACCGUCACACUCGAACAAGACGAUUUCGGAACAUUCAAAGAUCCACAAACAGGAGUUUCCCAGACAAUUCGAAGAUUUACUUGGAAAAAUGGAAACGGUGUUAGUGUGCAGGUGAUAAAUUACGGGGCUACUGUAAUUGCAAUUAAUUUGCCGGAUAAAAAUGGGAAAGUCGAUGAUAUCACUUUGGGAUAUGAUAGUCUGGAUGUUGGGGAUUUUCCACUAUACAGAUUGACUUAAAAAGCUGUAAUAAUCCAUUUGUGAAUAACAUAAAGGUGAUAUCAAUAACGAAUAAAUAUUUGGAAGAACAAACUGAGCAAUUUUGUAAUUUUGCUUCAAAAUACAGUAGAACCUCUAUAACUCGAACAUCAAAGGAGACGCCAAAAACGUCG